CGGUCGUCAUCUGUGCGGAUACUCUUGCGUGUUUUCAUUAAUUUCCACUUUUUCAACAAACAUUCGCUUUCGUUCGGACAAUCUCCCCCAGUGUAGAUUGUUUCUGGUUUCAGCAUUAAGUGCAAUAUCACAACACCGGGCCACGAAGGGCACAGAAAGCGUACCACGAAACUGAAAUCGCAAGCUAACCCACUUCCCGAUCAAUUGUUUACGCUCACUUAAUUCCACCCGGCAGCCAUGAACGUUUUACAGAAAGUGUACAUUUUUAACUCGUCACCAAUCACCAUGGUCCGCGCAGCACAGUCCUGCACCAUGCGCUGGUACAGUUCCACCGGUAACGAGGCAAAGUUCCCGAAGAAUGUUAUCGAACAUCUCAGCACAUCCCAAGAGCAACCGACCAAUGGAGUAAUCUACGACAAGAAGCCGUUCCGGAUGGAGCUGGAGGAAGGAAAACGGUACUCAUGGUGCCUCUGUGGCCGGUCGAAGGGACAACCCCUGUGCGAUGGAACCCAUAAACUAACGCAAUACAAAAUCACGCAUCGUCCUAUUCGCUUCCAGGUGGAGAAGACUGGCACGUAUUGGUUGUGCAACUGCAAGCAAACCAAACAUCGACCGUUCUGCGAUGGAACGCAUAAAUGCGAGGAAGUGCAAAAGAUAUCAGGAAAGUAGAAUAGUUGCAUUUAGUGCAUAUUUAAUGCAUUUUGUUAUAGUUGCCCAACGCUAAAACCGCUUUUGAAUGGUUGAGCUAACGCACAUUAUAUAGAGAAUAAAGUUAGGUUUUCAAA